ACUGCUGAGGCUGCGCGGAGGAACCGCCCAGAAGUUUGUUUUCACCUGAGGCCCAGACGCUGGUGGCGGCAGCGGGACCGGUCGCGGCUCCACCAUGGCUGUGCGACAGCUGCUGGGCCGCGGCCUGCAGCUGAGUCGAGCACUGCUGCUGCGCUUCACGGCCAAGCCCGGCGCGGCCUACGGCUGGGGGCGGCCUGGCCCGGCGGCAGGUUGGGGUCGUGGAGAGCGCGCGGGCCGGGCCCCGGGGCUCGGCGCAGAGGCGCGUGGGUUCGGGCUCGGGCUCCCCGAGCGCUACCGCUUCUUCCGCCAGUCGGUGGCCGGGCUGGCGGCUCGACUGCAGCGGCAGUUCAUGGUGCGGGCCCGGGGCGGCGCGGGCCCUUGCGGCCGAGCGGUCUUUUUGGCCUUCGGGCUGGGGCUGGGCUUCAUCGAGGAAAAGCAGGCAGAGAGCAGGCGGGCAGCCUCAGCCUGCCAAGAGAUCCAGGCAAUUUUUACCCAGAAAAACAAGCCAGUUCCUGUCCCGCUAGACAUGCGAUGCUGGCAGGGCUUCCGGCUGGAGGACUAUCUGAUUGGACAGUCCCUUGGCAAGGGCUGCAGUGCUGCCGUGUAUGAAGCCACCCUGCUUACAUUACCCCAGUACCUAGAGAAGACAAAGAGCACCAGGCUGCUUCCAGGGAGAGGCCCAGACGUCAUCCCACAUGGAGAGGAUGAACAGGCUGCAGGGGCCCCAGCCUUUCCCCUCGCCAUCAAGAUGAUGUGGAACAUCUCGGCGGGCUCUUCCAGCGAAGCCAUCUUGAGCAAAAUGAGCCAGGAGCUGGUCCCAGCUAGUCGAGUGGCCUUGGCUGGGGAGUAUGGAGCAGUCGCGUACAGAAAAUCCAAGGGAGGUCCCAAGCAGCUUGCCCCACACCCCAACAUCAUCCGAGUUUUCCGCGCCUUCACCUCCUCGGUGCCACUGCUGCCAGGGGCCCUCGAUGACUACCCAGAUGUGCUGCCCCCUCGUCUCCACCCCAAAGGCCUAGGCCAUGGACGCACACUGUUCCUCGUUAUGAAGAACUAUCCCUGCACCCUGCGCCAGUACCUUCACAUGAGCACUCCGAGCCCCCACCUGGCCACUGUGAUGACCCUGCAGCUGUUGGAAGGUGUGGACCAUCUGGUUCAGCAGGGCAUUGCACACAGAGACCUCAAGUCUGACAACAUCCUCGUGGAGCUGGAUGCAGACGGCUGCCCCUGGCUUGUGAUCUCUGAUUUUGGCUGCUGCCUGGCUGAUGAGAACAUCGGCCUGCAGUUACCUUUCCCCAGCUGGUACGUGGAUCGGGGCGGGAACGGCAGCCUGAUGGCUCCUGAGGUGUCCACGGCGUAUCCUGGCCCCAGGGCAGUGAUUGACUACAGCAAGGCCGAUGCCUGGGCAGUAGGAACAAUCGCCUAUGAAAUCUUUGGGCUCACCAAUCCCUUUUACGGCCAAGGCAGCACCUACCUAGAAAGCCGAAGUUACCAAGAAGCUCAGCUGCCUGCACUGCCCGAGUCAGUGCCUCUAGACAUGAGACGGCUGGUGAGGGCACUGCUCCAGCGAGAGGCCAGCAAGAGACCAUCUGCCCGAGUGGCUGCAAAUGUGCUUCAUUUAAACCUCUGGGGUGGAGACAUUCUAGCCUUUAAGAAUCUGAAAUUAGACAAGAUGAUCAGCUGGCUCCUCCAGCAGUCAGCUGCCGCACUGCUGACUGACAGGCUGACAGAGAAGACCUGCAUGGAAACGAAGCUGAAGACCUUGUUCCUGGCUAACCUGGAGUGUGAGGCGCUCUACCAGGCGGCCCUCCUCCUCUGCUCGUGGCGGGCAGCUCCCUGACUACAGCUGGCACAUUACUAAACGACUUGGCAGCAUCUGUGUGCUGACGGUGUGUGAGUGCGAGGGAGGGGCUUGGCUGGUAGGGUGCAAGUCAGGAGAAGCUGGUGUGGGGGCUGGUCAGCCAGAGAAGGCUUCAGGUUUGGCCACCGGGAGGAACUGAGUCGAACUUUAGUCUGUGGUCACUGACUCCAGCUGUGUGGUGUCCCAUAACCUGUGUGGACUUAAGCUGUCCUGCCUGUGAAAUCAAGACGCUAGUCUAAACGAGGCAUUGGCAACUCCUGGAGAGGGCCAGAUAGUACAUUAAGUUGUUAUAACUACUCAAUUCUGUCAUCAAAGCACGAAAGCAGCCUAUGUAAACACAUGAGGAUGGCUGCAUCCCAGCAAAGCUUCAUUUAUGGGCCCUCAAAUUUGAUUUUCAUGUGUCUCCAAGUUCUUCCAUUUUUUCAACCAUGAAGAAGCAUGAAAACCUUAUACUUGGUGGCCAGAUUGCCAACCCCUGGUCUAGACACCUUCACAAGACCUAAGUCUAAAAAAAUAAUGCUAACUGAUCACUAGGUCUCUUUAUCAACGCUAAAGAUGAGAGUUCUCUGCAUACAGAUCCAAAGGAACGCAUUCUCUGCACCAGUGGAGAAGUUACACUGGGUGCCUCUGCUGCCCACCAGAAAGCCUCAUCUUAAAACCCCAGGUCUGUCCUCACAGAUCUCCCAAAGUGAACACCAUCUGAUCUGUUAGAGCAGCUGUGGUGAGGGGCUUGGACCUAUGCCUGGAUCAGAAAGGAUCUAAGCCAAGACGGUGUCUGUGGGUGGUGGAGGUUGUAACAUUCACCCCCAGCUCCAGGGAUGGGCUGUGGCUUGUCUGCAAAGGGUGGCCACAGGACCAAGCUGGCAUGUGCCUCCUGGGCUGCGGCAAACCUUUGUGCAGGUCAGUAUUUCAGGCAUCAGCAAGAAGAACUACAAAGGCCAGGAGGUGGCAAACCUGCACACUGAUGGGGUGCACCUGAGAAAGCAUUCCCAUAGUGCUGCCGAAUUAAUCUGGCUCAGUUAAAAUCAUGGCUGGAAAUUAACAAUGUGGUGUUUUAAACUCAUUGAUUUACCUUUGGACUAACAUUUCUUACAUGAAUUGUGAGACAUGAAGCCAAGUUUAUAAUGCAGAAUACAUAUGUGCCGAACUAAA